GGAGCGCGAGGGGCCGCGAGCGCCGGGGACGGGAUGAGGGGGUCCAAGAGGAGGCACCUGACAGCCCCAGAGUGCCAAGCUCUGGCUCAGAGCAGUGAGGGUUUGUCCCCCCUGAGGCAGCCCCUGAGCCUGGGCCGAGGCAGAGGAGGGAGAAAACAGAGCCUUCAUCCCACCCACAGCACACAGAGACAUCCCAGAGGCCAGCAGAGGAACAUCCUGGAUUUCUUUGGGAUCCCAAAGCCCCAGGUGGAACCUGCAGGGAUGCAGAGCUGUGGAAUCAAGGAGAAACCUCUGGAUCCCUUUUUCCUUGGAUCUCCCCAUUCCAGCAGCAAUUCCUCACUUUUCCUGCAUUCCCAGGACUUUGUGCCAGCUCCCAGUGCACAUUCCAGGAAAAGAACUAUUCCAACUCCAACCUCAGGAAUUCCCAACCCAGAGCAGCAUCUGGGGGAGGAAACUGAGGAGAAAAUUCCCAGAGUGAGUGGGAUCAAGCAGGAAUGGAAAGAUCUGGAGGUGGAGCCUCUUCCAGAUUCCCACUUUGGGCUCCUGGGCACUCUGAACUGGGAAAUUCCUCAUGGAUCCAUCGAUGAUCUUCCUGCUGAAAUCCUCAGGAAUAUUUUUGCCUUCCUGCCAGUGCUGGAUCUGUACCAGAACCUGAGCCUGGUGUGUCACUUCUGGAGGGAAAUAAUUCGGGAUCCACAGUUUAUUCCUUGGAAAAAGCUCUACCACCACUACCUGAAGGGGGAGGAGGGGGCCCUGCAGAGAGUGGAUCAGAUCCUUCAGGAAUUUUCCAUCACCAAGGAUCAGCAGGGAUGUGUGCUGGGGCUGGUCAGGUUGGUGGCAUCCACAGGAGCCAAGGUUGAUCCCAGUGGAGUUCUCCAGAUUUUGGGAACUCAUCCCCUCUUCCCAAAGGCUCAACUCUGUGUCCUCAACAAAUUCCCAGAUUUAUACAGCAAGCCUGGGGCUGAGAAGCUGUGGGCAGUGGUUGCAGUCAUGGUGCUGUUCUCUGGCAGUGUUGGUGACAUCCGGAGGCUGCUGGGGUGUUUUGGGAGCCCCCAGUGCAGGCUGGGCGUGCAGGAGGUGACAGAGGUGCUGCACUGCAUGGCCACACUGCUCUGUGCCAUGAGGGACAGGGGCAUCCCCAUCUCCAGCAGGAUUCACUACAAUAUUUUUUACUGUUUGUCUCUGAUGGAAAAUGCCUCUGGAAUUGUGCAGCCUCUGGAAGAGGGAAGGGUGAAUUUGAGUUCCAGUGGAGGGGCUGAUGUCAAACUGACCCAUGAACAGCAGAGGAUUUUGAAUCACAAAAUUGAACCUGGCCAAACAGUGAAAAUCAUGGCAUUUGCAGGCACAGGGAAAACCUCAACCUUGGUCAAGUAUGCAGAGAAAUUCCAGGAGCUGAAAUUCCUGUACCUGACUUUUAACAAAGCUGCAGCAGAGAAAGGCAAAAAGGUUUUUCCAAGGAAUGUCACAUGCAAGACCUUCCACUCCUUGGCUUUUGGAAGCAUUGGGAGACACUACAAAGACAAAGGCAAGCUGAACUUCUCCAAGCUGUCAGUUUAUUCCAUCAGCUUCCUCCUCCAGAACAGGAAAGGCCAAUCCCUGUUUAUAAGAGGGAAAAUGGUGUCCCAGACCUUGGAAAAUUUCUUUUCCUCCUCAGAUGAGGAGAUCUGUGAGGAGCACACACCCCUGUGGUUCAAAAACAGCAAUGGGCAGAUGGAGCUCAUGAGCAGAGAGGAAAAGAGAAUCAGUGUGGAAGAGGCCAGAGAGAUCUGGCACAACAUGAAGAAGCUGGAUGGAGAUGCAGAGAGGAGAUACAAGAUGACUUGUGAUGGAUAUUUAAAGCUUUGGCAGCUCAGCAAGCCCCAGCUCUCAGGGUUUGAUGCCAUUUUUGUGGAUGAAGCCCAGGAUUGCACUCCAGCCAUUGUGGACAUUGUGCAAUCCCAGAGAUGUGGGAAGAUGCUGGUGGGGGACCCUCACCAACAAAUUUACACCUUCAGGGGGGCUGUGAACACCCUGCACCUGCUGCCCCACACCCACCUGUUCUUCCUGACCCAGAGUUUCCGCUUCGGGCCCGAGAUCGCCUACGUGGGAUCCACCAUCCUGGAUGUGUGCAAAGGGAUCCGGGGGAAAACCCUGCUGGGAGGGAGCCAGCAUGGCCACGUGGGGGGCGCCCGGCUGGGCACGGUGGCUCUGCUGUCCCGCAGCAACCUGAACGUGUUUGAGGACGCCGUGGAACUCUCUGGGAGAGACCCCCCUGCCAAAAUCCACAUCAUUGGGGGGCUGGGGAGAUUUGGCCUGAGCAAAAUUUUGGACAUUUGGAAGCUGAGCCAACCUGCAGAGGUCAGGAAAAAUUCAAAUCUGGAGAUUGAGGAUUCUUUUAUUAAGAAGUGGGAGGAAUCUGAAGGGUUUGAGGGGCUGAAGGAAUUCGCGCUGCGCGUGGACGACAGAGACCUGCAGGGGAAAAUCUGCAUCGUGGAGAGGCACAGGGACAGCAUCCCCCAGCUGCUGAGCAGGAUCCAGAGCUGCCACGUGGGCCAGGAGGGGCUGGCAGAUUUCCUCAUGGGCACCGUGCACCAAGCCAAGGGCCUGGAAUUUGACACUGUCUGUGUCUCUGAUGAUUUUGUGCAAAUCCCUUCUCCUGUCACUGGGGCUCUGCUGAGGAGGAUGAACGUGGCUCUGGGCAGGAGUGCUGAGGAUGAGUGGAACCUGCUCUAUGUGGCUGUGACCAGAGCCAAGAGGUGCCUGCUGCUGUCCAGAUCCCUGGAAAACCUCCUGACUCUGGCUGGAGAGCGUUUCCUGCGGGUGGAGCUGCUGAGUGAGGCUGGGAAGGACAAGAACAGAGCUGCUGUCACUUGUUGUGUGUCAGGAUGUGCAAAUUCCCUGGAAUUCACCUUUGGGCUGGUGGUGAAGAAGCUCCCAUUGACUCAUAGCGAUGGCAGCCAGGAUCCAGGGGGAUUCCUGUGCCAGGCUUGCACCCAGCAGUUCUUUGGCUGCCUGACUCCACUCAUCUCUGUCCCAGCAAUCAAGGAAGAGCACAUCCAGCUCUAGCAGAGCCCUCCAGCUUCCCAGAGCCAUCCUGGCUGUGGGAAAAAUCCUCUUGCACAUCCCAGCAGCAAAAUCAGGCAGAUGGUGGAGCAGGAUUUCAGCCCAGCUCUAAAAUCAGGCAGAUGUUGGGGCAGGAUUUCAGCCCAGCUCCAAAUUCCAGGUGGAUUUCAGAGCAGGAUGUUCCCAGCUCCAGAGGAAAUUCCUGGGAAUUCUGUGAUUCCUUUCCUCCAGCCCUGCCUCAUCCUCCAGGAGCUGGGGAUGGGAUAUCCAGAGGGAUCUGCACUUUAGCAAUGGGAUCAGACAGAACAGGAUUCAUUUUGGAGCAUUCCCCCUCUGAUCCACUGGAAGAAGAGGAAGCACAAUGCUGGAAAGUAUCCAGAGGAAGUUUAUGUCUUGGAAAUGAAGUGUUCCUGCCCAGCCAUGGAAGGAAAUCAUAAAUCUCUCCCAGAGAAUUAAUUUUCCAUCCUUGCAGCCAAGGGAUUUCCCUGGACUCUUUCCCUUCUCCCUGCAGCCAACCAGGAGGGAAGAAAUGAGGCAGCAGCAGGAAAAUUCCUUUGCUUUGGUUUCAGCCCAACUCAGGGACAAACUGGAGAGGGAUUUCCAAUCCUAAAAUUAAAUUUGUAGCCAAAAAAAGCCUGAGCACUUCCUUUGUGUCUCUUCCCUGCCCUUAAAUAUCCUUUAUUUCCCAGCUCUCCUGGGAAUGCUCAGGUGGAUCACCCUGCCUCAUGCCACAAUUCCAGAGCUGUUUUCCACAGGAAAUCAAAACUGAAAGUGGUUGCAGGAAGGGGAUUGGACACUGCCUGGAGCUGUGGGCUGUGCCUGCUGCAGGAAUCUCAGGCAUCCUGUUUUUUUCCCAUUCAUGGAGCUGCACUUUUGACUCCAGGAAUGUAUUCCCUUGUGGGAAUUCCCCCAAAUUCUUGGAUCUGGGUGGAACCACAAAGCCAGGAGUGAAUUGGAUCAGCCCAGAUCAGAGACACCAACAGGACAAGAGCAGCCAGGAGAAGGAAUUCCGUGGAAUUUGGAUCCCUACUGCUUCCCAAGCUUUUUGAGAACUGGCAGCUGCCACUGUGCCAACACCUCUGGGGGAUGGGAAUGAACCCUUCAUUUCUGUGCUGUCCAGUGGGAAUGGAUUCAUCCCAAUCCAGUCCUUCCCUGAGACAUCCAGUUAAAGAAUCACUGCUCUGUUAUUUUCUAUAUAAAAUAUAUUUAUUUAUACAUAAAAAUAGAGUGCUGCCUUUUCUGGAGUGUAAAGAAACAAGUGGAGAAAACCUGCUAAUGGAUAAAGGGAAAACAUACACAGGAAAAUAUUCCCUAAAUUGUGUAUUUUGGUCCCUGAUGGUGUCUGUGGAGAGACUGGAUCCAGAGCUGGGAUCAGUGCUGGAAGUGCUUCCAAAGGAUCCCUGAGCUGUGUGUGAGCCUGGGAGGGUCCCAGCACCUCUGGCUCAGUGCCUGGAAGAGAGCAGGGCAGGGAUGAGGAUGUGGAAAGGCUUGGCUGGGUCAUUCUCCAAACAUUUUCUGGGAUUGGGGAAAAAGCUGGGAAAGGGAUGAGGAUGUGAGGAAAUGAUUGGCUGGGUCCCUCUCCAAACAUUUUCUGGGAUUUGGG